ACACAGCAGUACACUCUUUUUAGCUGUGUCUUCCUCGCUCAUCUUCGAGCGAUGGCGGCCUCUCCGUUCGAGGAAGUGGAGCUCAAGAUGUGUGUGAGCCUGCUGCCGAGCGAUAUCGGCGACAUCUAUGCGGGAAUCCGCCGCAACAUAUACCAGUUUCUCAUGCGCUACAACGAGGCGCUGGGGGGGGUGUUGCUGGCGGUGUCGAACCUGUCGUUCGGCGACGGGGCGAGAGAGGGCAGGAUUGAGGACGAAAUGCCGCACAUCCACUUCGACGUCAAGGCCAAGGCACAGGUGUUCCGUCCACGGCCUGGCCACGUCUUGCAAGGACGUGUCAACAAGGUUACGAGCACUCACGUAGGGAUGCUGGUAUGCGGCAUAUUCAACGCGUCGGUGGCAUCGGAAUCGAUGGGAGAGGGUUUCAGAUUCGACAUGACCGCUCGAGAAUGGCAACGAAGUCGGGGGGGCAAGGAUGGAGCGCGCGAGGUCAUUGCCGUAGGAGCCGACACGCAGUUUGUCGUUACUAGGAUGCACGAGGCGGCAGGAUUGAUAUCGAUCGAGGGGUCUCUCGAAGGCCUCCCGAAAGCUGACGGGAGCGAGGAGAAGGACGAGCAGCCGAAGGAGGAAGGCGGGGGGGAGGAUGCAGUAGCCAACACCAACACCAACACUAACAAGCGCCGAGUGGGGGUGGCGACGGUAGCGGCAGAGGAGGGGGAGGAUGAGGCGGCCGCCGCCGCCGCGUCCGCAAAGGCUGCCAGGAAGAAGGCGAAGAAGGCCGCGAAGUUGGCGGCUAAGGCACAGAAGAAGGUUAAAACCGAGUUGUAGCACUCUAUGCAUAGAACUACAGUCAGAUAGAGACAUUGCUAUGCUGCUGUCGCUGUACCGUUAGGGUGCCGAAGCUUUCUAAGUCGGACUGCAUUUGGGGAAGGCGCUGCUUUGUGUUGCUGAAAUUUCCUUGUUAUGGCCCAUGAGAGCAUAUACGUCGCAAUGGGGAAUUGGCGUGCUUCAAGAGCAAGACUCGGCCAAGUUCUGGACAUCCCCAUGCGUAUGGUUUGGGAAGAGGUCGUCGUGCGGUGAUAUAUUUUUCGUUGUAGCUCUCACUCGCUCGGGUCUGUUGUAUGGCUGCUACGAAUGCAGCCAGCUGUUUGGACGUCUGGAAGAUGAAGCCACGCGUGGCCUUCCUUCCUUUUUGGGGAGAGGCUCAAUCGGUAAAUUAAACAUUUUUUUGUAGGCAGAACUAGCGAAGGAUACCGUACUGAUUUAGACCUAAAUAUGUUAUUUGACUUUUUUUGGCGUUUGGGCUACCAGCGAAGUGUACAAGAUCUCGUUCGUGUCGAGUUUUGGCCAUCCCGGCAGGCACGCAGGCAAGAUUUUCGCGGGUGAUCGUAAAAUAUUCCUGGCUUCUUUAGCAAGUGCCUGUUGUUGAUGCGGUCCCGGAUGCGGACGCGGAGGCGGUAGUGUGCAGGCCCGGCGUUAGUUUCUUGCCAUUGCCGUUGGAAAAACCGGUCUCACGAACAUGGUACGUUGUAUCGUUGGUCUGCACGCCACUGCUACGGUACUGUGCGGCGUGAGCACUGACAUGAGAGAUGAGCCAGCGCGGCCCAAAUGGCUACAGUAGCAACCAUGUUUUUGGCGGUUGCGGGUUCUUGUGGUUGCGGCAUCCACGUGUUUGAGCCUUUUUCGCCUAGAUCGAUUUGAUGUGGGUAAAGUGCGGCGGAAGCCUACUGCGAUAGGCGCGCAGCAAGCAUUUCCCUAAACGGCUAUGGGCGUGUGCUUUUGUCAGCAAGAGAACGUUUUUUUGUGGUUGACGCGGCCCGGUCAGAUUCAACGCUUGCGACAAAGAAAUAUCUGCUGUUGAUGUACAGCUGCACUUUUACUGUUAUGAGCAGUGCG